AUGCCUUCCGCCCCCCGAGCUCUGGCCGCCUUCGGUCGAGCAAGUCAAUUGGCACUGCCAGCCCGCGUCGGAUCCAGAGCGUACUCUACAGCCUACUCUACGGCAACCGGACGUCAUGCUCUGCGAUCAGCUGCGAGGCCGACCGUCGCCAUGAGGCUCGCCGCGACCGGCAGGGUCGCAUUCCGCAGAGCUUAUGCUGACGAAGCCCCCAAGCCCAAGCCCGGCAGACUGCGCAGAACCUUCAGAUGGGCAUGGAGACUCACCUACCUCUCCGCCGUUGGCCUUGUAGGCUACACUUGCUACAUCGUCUACCAGGAUCGCCAUCCCGAACCGCAGUUCGAGCCGGAUCCAACCAAGAAGACGCUCGUCAUUCUAGGUACUGGCUGGGGGUCUGUCGCCUUGCUCAAGAAGUUGGAUACGGAGAAUUACAACGUCGUCGUCGUCUCUCCCCGGAACUAUUUCUUGUUCACUCCCCUCCUGCCGUCAUGCACGACCGGCACCAUCGAGCACAGGUCCAUUAUGGAGCCUGUUCGAACCAUUCUACGACACAAGAAAGCAGCAGUCAAGUUUUAUGAGGCGGAAGCCUCAUCAAUCGACCCCGAUCGAAAGGUCGUCAAGAUUGUCGACAACUCGGAAAUCCAGGGGGCCACCUCCGAGACCGAGAUUCCUUACGACAUGCUCGUUAUUGGCGUCGGUGCUGAGAACGCAACCUUUGGCAUUCCCGGUGUGCGAGAAAAUAGCUGUUUCCUCAAGGAGAUUGGCGAUGCCCAGCAGAUCCGCAAGAAGAUCAUGGACUGCGUCGAGACGGCCGCCUUCAAGGGACAGACCAGCGACGAGAUUGACAGGCUGAUGCACAUGGUUGUUGUCGGCGGCGGGCCCACUGGCGUUGAGUUUGCUGGCGAGCUCCAGGACUUCUUCGAGGAGGACAUCAAGAAGCUCGUUCCUGAAAUCAGCCCUCGCUUCAAGGUCACCCUGAUCGAAGCCCUCCCUAAUGUCCUUCCCUCCUUCUCAAAGCAGCUCAUUGAUUACACCGAGAAUACGCUCCGUGAGGAAAAGAUUGACAUCAAGACAAAGACCAUGGUCAAGAGGGUCACGAAUACCACAGUCGAGGCCGAGGUCAGUCGCCCUGACGGUGGCAAGGAGCGCGUUGUCAUUCCUUACGGCCUUCUGGUAUGGGCCACCGGCAACGCCGUUCGGCCAAUCAUCAAGGACCUGAUAACCAAGAUUCCUGCCCAGAAAGAUUCCCGCCGUGGCUUGGCCGUCAACGAGUACCUGGUUGUGCAGGGUACCCGUGAUAUCUGGGCUAUUGGUGACUGCGCCGUCGCUGGGUAUGCUCCCACUGCACAGGUGGCGUCUCAGGAAGGCAACUUCCUCGGCCGGCUGUUCAAUAACAUGGCCAAGACUGAAAAGCACGAGUCCCGCAUUCAGGAGCUGAGCAGCAAGAUGAAUCUGCAGGCCGGUAACUCGGCCGAGGCCGCACAGGAGAUUGAGAGCCUGGAGAAGCAACUGCGCAGAAUUAAGGAUAUUAAACCCUUCAGAUACAGUCACCAGGGCAGCUUGGCUUACAUUGGUAGUGAGAAGGCCGUUGCUGAUGUCAGUUGGUGGAACGGAAAUUUGGCCACCGGUGGCAGAAUGACCUAUCUUUUCUGGCGCAGCGCUUACCUCUCCAUGUGCUUUAGCAGUGAGUCAUACCCCUUCCUUUGA